AUUUGCAGAUUUUAAUAUUUCGUAAAUAUCAUAAUAAUGAAGACUUUUAUUACUUUGGCAGUGGUGUGCUUGAUCGCAUCUGUUUUGGCUACACCCGUUGAAUUGAACGAAGACCAAAAAGCCAAGGCUAAGGUCCACUUCGAGGAAUGCAUUAAACAGGAAAAUAUCACCGAAGAAGAGGCCACCAAGUUACGCAACAAAGACUUUGCCAAUCCUUCACACAAUUUGAAAUGUUUCGGCACCUGUUUCUUUGAAAAGGUCGGCACUCUGAAGGAUAGUGUCAUCCAAGAAGAUGUUGUCCUCAAGACAUUGGGCUCUAUUAUUGGUGAGGAAAAAACCAAAAAGGCUUUGGACAAAUGCCGUGACAUCAAGGGAGAAGAUCGUUGUGAUACUGGUUUCCAACUCUAUCAAUGUUUCGAAGCAGCCAAGGCUGAAAUGGUGGAGGCUUGAAAGGGAUGCUGGGCAUGAUUAGAUUUAAAUUGUAUUUAAGAAAUGGUAUUA